UUCAAUUUGUUUUUGUACAUUAUAUGAGAAACAUUUCUAAUGUCUAUGAAACUUGUUACAGAUGAUGGCCUCAUAUUCUGUUUCUGAUGCUCUGUUUCAACUUAUUACUUGUAUAUGACCUAUGUUCAUCCGUUCAUUUUCUCUCUUGCGACUAUUAUCCCGAUGUCACCAGAUGAGGUCCUGCGCAAGGGUAGUGGGACCCUCUGUGAAAUGCUUCUAAUGGUCCAGGCAUACAAGGCAAAUGUUAUUUGCCCUAACAAACACCAAUCUGAAUCAGAGAAGUUUCAUAAUAACCGUCUUCUUGAAAGCGAGACAUAUAUAGGUGGUCAUGUGGAAUGCCUUGAAAGUGGAGUUUUUAGAUCUGAUCUUUUAACUAGUUUUAAGCUUGACCCAUCUGGAUAUCAGCAACUGAUUGACAACCUUGAUCGUGAUCUGCAAUAUGCUAUAAGAGUUGAGGGUAAGAUGGACUUGGAUUUCGUAUCUAAUUAUGAUGAAGUGAGGAGUUCUAUCUUUGAAAAGGCUGAGCUUUUCGACAAGUUUCUCAAUGGCUCAACCUUAGUGGAAUGCUAUUCAGCUGUUGCUUCUGUUGCCAACCGCUGACUUGAUCUUCUUGAUAAUCAAGGAAAGGAUAUUGCGGACAGUGAGUUGCUCGAUUAUAUAUCUGAAUCAAGUACCAUGAGUAAGUCUCUAGCAGACUACCAAAGUAAUCAUAGACAUUCACAAUAAGUUCAGUCAGAGAAAAGGAGGCUCUCAUGCAAUGAUCCCAAAGUGAAGAAUAGGAAGAAUGUCAAGAAAAAUGACAUUAUUGAGUUUUCAAUGACCUAAAAAUAAUGUAUAGAUAUUUUUUUUAUGAAAUGUGCUUCUUAAUAAGCAAUGAAUAUUGUAUAAUAUAUGUUUGUUUAUUUUUUUAUUAAAGUUAAAUAAUUUAUUUGAUUAAUAAUGUUAAAUAUUUUUCAAAUUAAUUACUUUCAUUUAUUAUUUAUAUUAAAUAAAAUUUAUAUAUAAUUAAAAUUACCUACAUAGAAAUAUUAUAUUUACUCACAAAUAAAUAAGUGUAGGUAAAAAUAAGUAUACUACAACAUGUCACGUGGACCAAU